CUUCAGCACUUCCUGGUGGUGCAGCUCCUGUCCUAGUCCCCAGUCCCCAUUGUGCCUCCCUUUCUCCCUCCACACGGCAUUACGACCUGGGGCUAUGGGGGCCCGGGAGCCAGGUCUGAGCAUCCCUUGGUGCCUGGGAGAGUGCAUCAGCCAGCAGAACUUUCAGUAGUUGGCCAGUUUCAGCUCCUGGAGAAAAACUCCCGCUUGCCCUGCUCUUCCUCACCGGGGCAGGAUUUCUGAUUCCCAUGGAAGCACCCUGCGUCCGGGAUCUCCAGGGCUCUGAGGACACGGAUGGGCCACAAGGCAUCCACAGAGGUGCUGAGAUGCUGCACAGGGACGAGGAGGGGAGUCCGUGGCAGGAUGAAGCCUUGUCGGGCGAGGCGUCCGAGGACCUGCCCGGGGCCGAGGCUCAGCCGGAUGGAGCACCGGGUGCAGGGAGCGCGAAGCGGAAGACAUGCCCUGAGUGCGGGAAGAGCUUUGUCUGGAGCUCGCACCUGGCUCAGCACCGGCGCAUGCACACCGGGGAGCGGCCGUUCCAGUGCGGUGAGUGCGGCAAGAGCUUCAGCCGCAGCUCCAACCUAGUGAAGCACCAGGGCACCCACACCGGCGAACGCCCCUACCGCUGCCCCGACUGCGGCCGCGGUUUCACCGACUCCUCCAACCUGGCCGCUCACCUGCGCGGCCAUGCCGGCCACAAGCCCCACCGCUGCCCCCAGUGCGGGAAGGGCUUUGCCCGGCGCUCCCACAUCGCCACGCACAGGCGCACCCACACCGGCGAGCGCCCCUUCCCCUGCCCCGACUGUGGCAAGGCCUUUGCCCAGCGCUCCGACCUGGUGGCCCACCGCCGCACCCACACCGGGGAGCGCCCCUACCAGUGCACUGUGUGCGGCAAGCGCUUUGGCAUGAGCUCCACCCUGACGGUGCACUGGCGCACCCACACUGGUGAGAAACCCUACCGCUGCCACCAGUGCGGCAAAGGCUUCACCCAGAACUCGGGCUUCCUCAUCCACCAGCGGCUGCACGCCGGAGACAAGCCCUACAAGUGCGGACAAUGCGGCAAGGCCUUCAGCGUCAGCUCCGAUCUCCUCGCCCACCGGAGGGGCCAUGACGCUGGGGCUGCGGCCCACAAGUGCCCUGACUGUGGGGCUGGCUUCGGUGCUAGCACUGAACUCCUGAACCACCAGAGCAGUGCCCACGGGGAGAAGAUGCCACACCGGUGCGCAGCUUGUGGGAAAGCCUUCCGGCUCCACGCUGCCCUCGGCAGGCACCAGAGGACUCACAGCCAGCAGAGAUCGCACAGCUGCUGCCAGUGUGGGAAAAGCUUCCUGCACUGUUCGUCCCUCAGCGCCCACCUGAAGACCCACACUGGGGAGAAGCCCUUCAAAUGCACCCAGUGCGGGAAGGACUUCCGCCAGAGUUCGGCCCUGAUCAGACACCAGAGGACUCACACGGGCUAGGGACUGGCCACGGCUCACCCUUGGGGGUCAGGGACCGGCUUGGAGAUCAAGAGGAGCAGAGGACAGAUGUCAGAUUGGGGUGGACGCUGGGAAGGUGAGGAUGGGCUCUGGGGGAGGGACCUAGCACCUAGAUGGAGAGUUUGGGGGUGGGGGCUAGGAUGGGAAGGAGCUGGGUCGUGGGGGCAGGAGGGUCAAGUGAAGUAAAGCAUGGAGUCUGAUUGGCAUCCCCGGAAGUGGGUGGGAAUAACAAUGGGGGCAGAGCUGGCUCAUGGAUCUCACCCCCAUGCUCUGGGUCUAACUUUUCGCCAUGUUUGGAGUCAGGAGGGAGUGACCCCCGCCCCCCCCCCCCGCCCCUGGGUCAGAUUGGCAGAGACCCUGGGUGUUUUUUGCUUCCUCU